GCGAAAUCAAGUAUGAAUGUCGAUAAAGUAUCAAUCUACGCGCACUUUAUGGAACUGCCACUCAAAUGUGUAGCAUGCUGGGAUUGGUACAAGAAACCACAAAAUGAAAAUCAAAUUUUCCUCAACAACAUCUUCUUAGGCUUCACAUUGUUCAUGUUGAUCAACUUGUUGGUGUCUCUGAUAGUACAUUUGUUUAGCGAAUGGACUGAUAUCAUGACCAGUCUAGAUAUAAUGGCCGAUGGAUUGCCAAUAGCCGCUGCAGUUUUCAUUGUCUCUUAUUUUGGAAUGUACAAAACGGAGAUGUACGAAUUGGUGGAAUAUAUGAAUUGUAACUUCAAGUGGCACUCUGCUAGAGGACUGUCUAACAUGACGAUGACGAAAGCUUACAGGACAGCGAAGAAUUUUUGCUGUUUCUACACCGCAUGCACCAUCUUUAGUGUUGCUAUGUACUUGAUCUUGCCAGUCAUUCUUCAUUUGUUGACAAAUCAACCACUCCAACAUUGGAUAUAUACGGAUGUAACUCACGACAUGAUAUUGAUAUUGAUUUUCUUACGGCAGUGCAUUUCACAAGCUUUCGUGGCUCUCGCAGUUGGACAACUUGGUGUAUUCUUCGCCUGCAACGCUAUUCUUCUCUGUGGUCAACUGGAUCUUCUCUGCUGUUGUCUCCGCAAUAUACGAUUUACGGCGUUGCUCCAACAUGGCGUCCAUCACAAGGCGCUUGCAAACCAAUUCAAUGAUAUAAAACUGGACGAAGAACACAGUUACUUGUACAACCGGUCGGAGAUUUGUGACUCCGGUUACCAUUAUGAUAAGAAAUGGGUAGCUUUCACAUCUCAGGGAAAUAAAACGCAAUACGAUAUCUAUAGUCCAAUAUAUGACGAUGCAACGAUGGUGGCCUUGCGGGACUGUGCCCGAAUGUCCCAGGUUGUGAAAGAGUAUAAAGAUCGCUUCGAAAACUUUGUAUCUCCACUGCUUGUGUUGAGAGUUGUACAAGUUACCGUGUAUCUUUGUACACUGUUGUAUGAAGCUACUUUAAAAUUCGAAAUGGUGACUGUAGAAUAUCUUGUCGCUGUUGCAUUGGACAUAUUUGUUUAUUGCUAUUUCGGCAAUCAAAUUAUAUUACAGGCAGACAGAGUAUCAUCAGCUGGCUACCAGAGCGCCUGGGCCACAAUGGGGGCGAAACCACGUCGUCUGUUGCUCAACAUAUUGCUCUCCACCCACAAGCCCAUGAUCGUGAGAGCUGGUGGUUUCUUACCUAUUAAUCUAAACACCUUUGUUCUGAUUAUAAAGACUUCAUUUUCCUAUUAUACGUUGCUGGUGAAUGUUAACGAGUAA